GGUAUAUAUCCAUAUUAAUAAUAUGGUCAACUUUACCUCUGUCCAAUUUUAUUACUUUUCCCUCAACUGGUUUGUUUUGUUUGUAAGAAUGUGCAUCUGACUUCCUGGCCUUCUUUGAAAUGCCUCUUCUGAUGAUGCAACAGCUCUUUGCACAUUUAGGCCCUAGAUAAACGAUACGGCCUUGAAAGUAAUCUGACAUCAUUUCCUGAAUACAUAACUUGUGCAGCUGAACUAGGUGACAACACGUUCCACUGUGAUCAUCUCACCAGACAAAGACAGGCCACUCAACAGGGCAUCCGGCUAAGUCCCGCGGAUUGUCUAGUCUCUCGUCUUGUCUGUGCAGCUGUCUGCACAUUUGCACUGGUAGUGACAGAGCUUAAUGAACCCUCGCUGCGCUGCUGUUUACCUCCGGAUAUAGCCUACGGUCUGUGAUGAAACGUGAGCUCCCAACCAAUCCCAUAGGGCAGACAAGUAUCAGGGAAAGACGAUCGUUGCCGAAGUGGAGAUGACUGAAAUACUUUCCACGGUCAUGUUGGGUUCCCUCCUCCAGAGCAGAGCGAAGGCAGCGAGUGACAGAAGCAAGAAAGCGUUGCGAUCGGAAAACAAGCAUAUACACAUAGAGAGAAGCUUAAGGAACAUAGAGGAAUCGACAACUGACAGAUCGGCGAAAGGUCCGUUUUGCAAAAGGCAUUCUUAGGGAGUGCCACCAUGUCAGAGCUCCAGUCUGAACCAGCGGUAGCAGGUUCUCCCCAGAGGAAACCCUCCACCAACAAAAACAUCAAGAAGCUGCGCACCAUCAGCAUGGUGUGUAGUCUGACCCGCAGCUGGCAGCAGUGGGUGUCGGAGAUUGAGGACAAGCAAGCCAGCGAGCCCACCGGUUGGGCCCCUGACGUCCUCAGAGGACUCGGUGAGGAACCCAAGAAAUUGGACGGAAGCAAGACAGGCCCAUCUGAAAAGAAGGCCCGGGCGAGUCAGAACCCCACUGCUAGCGCCCCGAUCCCAGAGCACCAGGAGGAUUCUGCCUCAGACAAACAGGCCAAUCCAGAGGUGUCUACUGAGUCCCAGAUCAAGACCAGGCAGGUGUCAAAGACGGUGACGAGCAGUGCCCAGGAGAAGAGCACUGGCAUUGCUCUCCUGAAGGAGAGGAUCUGCAAAGACCCCCAACCCCCGGGGGAGGAAAUUGACAGGAUGCUGAGCAAGCGAAGCUCGCCCACACACCGCAGGAAGUGCUCCAACAUGGUGUCUGCCCUGACAAGCAGCUGGAAAGAGGUGGAAAAGGAGAGGAAGCAGGGGCACUCCUAUAGCGUGGACACUGAGGACAGUGGGUACUCGGAGGAGAGGAGCCCGGAGGCUGAGGGAGGACUGGUGGAUGGUGCCAGGGCCUUUGGAGAGUCAGAUUGUGGGGACGACGGCUCACCCGAGGGACACACUGAGUCAUCGGUGAAGAUCAAACGAUCUUCGGUCCCUGCGGUCAAGAAGGAGGUGGAAGAUGCCCACAAGAUCAACGCCCUCUCCAAGAAGUGCAGUGCCGUGGGCAGCCUGAAGAGCCGGUGGCAGAACUGGGCUUCAGACCACUCCGAGACCCAGAAGCUCAACCCCUUCAGCGAAGAGUUUGACUACGAGUACUCCAUGUCGACCCGGCUCCGCAAGGGCGAGGAGGGCUACGGGCGUCCCAAGGAGGGCACCAAGACCGCGGAGAGGGCCAAACGGGCGGAGCAGCACAUCCACGGCGAGAUCGCCGACAUGUGCUACAUCAUCAGGACUAUGGCCGACCCGGACCCGGACGGGAAGACUCGCGUCACAUUUGGGCAGCUGUUCGACAGAUACGUGCGCAUCUCGGACAAGGUGGUGGGGAUCUUGAUGAGGGCCAGGAAGCAUGGGAAGUUGGUGUUUGAGGGUGAGAUGCUGUGGCAGGGGCAGGAUGAUGCUGUUGUCAUUACUCUGCUUGUGUGAGCUGCAGUCACAUCAGGACAGCAAGGGGGGCAGCCAUGGAUGGGGGG